AUGGGUUUCUUCGUCAUGUCACCCUUGAAAACAACAUCCGCAAAAGUCGCCGAGCUGGCCCAACUCAAGAGCGAGGCUUCACUCUGCCUCUUGCGGGCAGAGUUAUCAUCAUCCAUCAUAGGUCUGGAAGAUCGUUUCGACCGGGGGCGGACGCCUCGCUCAUAUGCAAACGGUCCUCAUCCAGGGAGACUGGGUGGUCAGAAUAGCGCGGUGGAUUUCGCUGCUUUUCUGAAGGCAUCUGGAUCUCGUGAGCAUCCUGUCUCGCCGUCUCGUCAACCCCAACCGGCUCCAGCACUCACUUAUCAACAACUCCCACACAAACUAUCGAACGCUUCACCUCGACUGGUUGCGCAUGUUGCGCCGACACCUGGAAUCUCGACACAGAUGUCUGGAAGGCGAGGCAUGCCUCCCCAUGCUUCGGAUCAACCGCCGGUCAAGAAGCAGAGUAAGUGGUCACCAGAGGAAGAUACCCUCAUCAUUGAGCUUCGGGGAAAAGGAAUGAAGUGGGAGGAUAUUUCCAAGCGUCUGCCAGGUCGAAGUGCGAUUAGUUGCCGUCUACACUAUCAGAACUACUUAGAAAGACGGAGUGAAUGGGACGAGGAACGCAAGAACAAGCUGGCCAGACUAUACGAGAGGUUUAAGCCGGAGAUGUGGGCUAAAGUCGCAGAAGAGAUGGCAGUCCCAUGGCGAGCAGCAGAGGCCAUGCAUUGGCAGCUUGGCGAAGCAGACAUGGCCAGACGUGCAGGUGUUAUUCCUUUCUCGCUAGCCGCAGUCAAUGUUGAGGGCAACAGCAGCCAUCGAGGCUCGCCCUCACGUAGCCACGUUCACUCACAGUCCCAGAGCAGUAUCUCUCGCGAUCUUGGAGCGCCAUCACCUCGAAUGGUGUACAACAGACCUCCCCCGAUGCCUGCCAGCAACCGAACCAUGGCUCCCCGCCGAGAGUCGAUCCCCCCGCCUCCCCCCUUGCCUAUGGGUCCUGAUCUCGCCGAAGUUCAGUAUGUGCCUGGACCAGGAUUGGCUCCCAUUCAGAACCAGCCACCACCCCGAAGCGCUGGUAUGCUUCCCGGAGUCGCUGAGCUCACUGGUGGCGUCAGUCCGUAUAGUACGCCAGCAGCAGCACCUAACUUGGGGCCCAUGCCCGGGGUCGGCCCUGGAUCUUUAUACUCGAGCCUUGCCAGUUACUCAAUGGAGUCGGCCGGCAAUAAGCGAAAAGCUUCGCCAGAUCACUACCAACACGAAGCAAACCAGCGGCGCCGCAUUGUGUAG